GACGUCAGGCGGAAGGGAGCCCGGUUCGGAUUCUUUAAAUGGAAUUUGUUGUCAUCUGAGCAUGCUCCUGUGUGGGCAGGAGAGGGCUAUAUAACACCGGGAACGAGUUGGGAGACGGCAAGCAGAGGAAGCAGCAGCAGGAGAAGGACGAGGAGGAGAAGCGGGAGAAGUAGAAGGAGGAGGAGGAGAAGAAGCAGCAGCAGCGGGAGAAGUAGAAGGAGAAGCUGCAGCGGGGGAAGGAGGAGGAGAAGCAGCAGCAGCAGCAGCAGCAGGGGAAGGAGGAGGAGGAGGAGAAGCAGCCGGAGAAGGAGCAGCAGGAGCACGAGGAGACUCCUCGGAGCAGCAGCGGGCAUCCGAGGGGCAUCGCAUUCCGCCUCCCUUCUCUGCCGGCCUCCGACGGAGAGGCGGCAGCCCGGAUCCGAAGCCGAUCGGAGAGGGGGAUCCCGGGCAUCCAUCCCCCCCCGCCCCCCGGACGGCGAAGGGCGAGCGCCCGGAGGGUCCCGGGCCCCGGGCCGGGCGACAACCCCGGCGUCCGGGAGCCGGCGGGGCCAUGGCGGCGGCCAAGCCGGCCGAGCCGAUGGGCAUCUGCUCCAGCUACCAGGCGGUGAUGCCCCACCCGGCCUGCGCGGCGGAGGCCUUCGCGCCCCCCGGCCCCCCCGGGCCCCCCGGGCCUCCCGGGCCCCCCGGGCCCCCCGGCCGGCCCGCCCAGCCCCCCCGGGCCCGGGCCAGGCUGCGCCGAGCCCGGCAGGCGCGCUUCAAGACGCAGCCGGUGACUUUCGACGAGAUCCAGGAGGUGGUGGAGGAGGAGGGCGUGUCGCCCCUGGAGGAGGAGAAAGCCAAGAAGUCCUUCCUGCAGUCGCUGGAGUGCCUGCGGCGCAGCACCCAGAACCUCAGCCUGCAGCGGGACCCCCGCGACCCCCGCGACCCCCGGCUGGGCGCCUGCAAGCUGCGCAACAGCCUCGACUCCAGCGACUCGGACUCGGCCCUGUGAAGGGCGCGGACCCCCGCACCCCGAUGCCCCCCGGGGAAAGGACCGGCCCCGGCCCCCCGGCUCACCGAGCGGGGAUCCCCCCCCCUCCCACCCCCUUGUCCACAGGCCACCGGGGCCGCAGGGCGCCUGCCCGGCCGAGGGAUGGAUGACCCCCGGGAUGGUUGACCCCCGGGACGGCUGACCUCCCGGGAUAGAUGAUCCCCCAAUGGCUGGACCCUGGACGGUUGACCCCCGGGAUGGCUGACCCCCUCAGGGAUGCUUGUCCCCCGGGAUGGUUGACCUCCCGGAUGGUUUUGCCCCACGGUGGCUGACCCCCGGAUGGAUGACCCCCCCCCUCCCCCCCGGAUGGUUGACCCUGGGGAUGGCUGACCCCCGGGAUGGGUGACCCCUGGAUGGCGAGGUCGAGGAGGGCAGGGACGUUGGGGGGGGUGGUCUUCGACGAAAGCCACCGGGUACCCGCCUCCCCCGGACGGCCUGCAACUUCGACGUCCCCGCCCCCCGCCACCCCCCAACAAGAGAACAUUUCUGACUUUUCUAGCGGUGCCCAGGGACGAGCGAUUUUUAGACGCCAGGAAUGGUUGGACUCUUAUUUAUUUUUGCAUUUCAACGCUCGACUGCAUUUAUUUAAGAUCUUUCUACCUGAACGUGUCUGUGAUAUUUCCAGAACCGAGAAAUAAACACAAUAUAUUUGCACAGCCUG